AUGCUGCGCAACGCCAUGCUUCGUCCAUCGGCGCGCGCCACCAUGCGCUGCCGACCCAGAGCCUCGAUGGCACCAUCAUAUCGAAGAAUGCAGUCCGGCGGUCCUUUCCAGACUAUGCGGCCUCCGUCACCAGAGGAGCUCGGUGCGCCCAGGCGAGCCAAAGAGUACAAACGUGGAAGACAGUGGGCCAGGAAGUUUCUGAUCAUAUCAGCCGUUGGAGGUAUCGUUUAUCUUGGUGAUCGUCAAAUAUACGCUUCAGGGUUUACUCGCUCCCUGCGCACAUUCGGAACUGGACUGCUUGUGGCCUUUGAUUACAAACUCAACUUUCGACCGCAGCCUAUCACCGGCGGAACAGUACAAGACUUGCAUAACCGAAAUGCUGAACGUUUAUUCCACGUCUUGCGCUCUAACGGCGGGCUUUACCUCAAGAUUGGACAGGCCAUCGCAAUGCAGAGCGCCGUGCUCCCGCCCGAGUUCCAAAAGAUGUUUAGCCGCAUGUUUGACGAUGCGCCACAAGACGACUGGGCCGACAUUGAAGCAGUGAUACGGCAAGAUUUUGGAAAGAGUGUCGAAGAAGUAUUCGGCGUCAGCUUCAUAGGCAAGGAGGGUAUGGGUCUGAUGGAGCGCAAGGCUCGGGCGAGUGCAAGUGUUGCCCAGGUUCACUGGGCUAAACUUCCAGAUGGUCGAGAAGUGGCUAUCAAGAUCCAAAAACGAGAAAUUGCUAAACAAAUAUCGUGGGAUCUGUGGGCUUUUAAAACAGUUGCAUGGAUCUACUCAAAAUGGUUCGACCUUCCUUUAUAUAAAAUGGUGCCCUUCAUCACUGAACGGCUCGAACUGGAGACUGAUUUUGUCAAUGAGGCAAAAAAUUCGGAGAAAAUGAGGGAGCUUGUCAACGGAGAGAAGCCUUUGAGAGGACGAGUCUACAUUCCUACAGUGUACCCUGAGUUUACGACGAAGCGAGUUCUCGUGACCGAAUGGAUCGAGGGUAUACGGCUUUGGGACAAGAAAGCAAUGGCAUCCAGAUGGCUUGGGGGACAUGGAAACGGUUCACCUGGCGCUGGAAGCCCACUACCUAAGAUCGACCUCGAAGCUGCUCGACGCGAGCUUCGCACGCGACCAUACCAGGAAAACCUCAAACCAGAACGUCAAGAAUGGCGAGGUCGACGAGGCCGAGGCGGACUGGGCCUAUCCUCUCGAGAGGUCAUGACUACGAUGGUGGACCUGUUCUCUGCGCAGAUCUUUAAAUGGGGAGUCGUUCACUGUGAUCCGCAUCCAGGCAAUAUUUUCAUCAGACGUCUGCCCAAUGGCCGAGCAGAACUUGUGCUCAUUGACCAUGGCCUGUACGUCUACAUGUCACAAAAGUUCAGAAAUGAGUAUGCUACCUUCUGGAAGGCGCUUAUGACUUUUGACAACAAGACAAUUUCGCGAGUGACUGAUGCAUGGGGCAUCAAGGCGGCAGACCUCUUCGCGAGCGCGACAUUGCUGCGACCAUACGAGGGCGGAGAUGGUCGUACUCGUAAUGGUAUCAUGAAAGGACUCGAAGGCAAGACACCGGCCGAACGCCAUUACGCGAUGCAGCAGCGGAUGAAGCAAGGAAUUCGGGAAAUGCUGGCAGAUGAAGAGAAAUGGCCACAAGAACUCAUUUUCAUCGGCCGAAACAUGAGAAUUGUACAAGGCAAUAACCAAUACCUUGGUUCACCUGUCAACCGCGUCAAGAUGAUGGGCGAAUGGGCAAGCCGCAGUCUCUUCGAAGAUCCUCACUUGCCACUGAGUCAGCGCUUUCAGAAUCGCUGGCGACAUCUCAUAUUCAAGACGGUUAUGGCGGCAUCAGACAUAGCCUUUUACAUGUUUAAGCUACGCCAAUGGUUAGGUCUCGGAGGGGGAAUGGAGGACGAGAUGGAGAAGAGGAUGAAGGAUGUCGCAUCAGACUUUGGCAUCGAACUUCAGCACGACGUAUUCGAUGGCUAA